AUGACAGAAAUUAAUUCAGGUGCUCCAGUUUCUCAUAUGGCCCAUCAUAUUCCAAAAUUUGCAAAAUAUACAAAAGACAUUGGUUUGGCUGAUCCAAAGAAAGAAAUUCAAUAUUCAAUCGUUUUAAAAAUUAGAAACCAAGAAUGGAUUGAAAAACAAGUAUAUGUUCAAAAUCCAACUUGUGAAAACUUUGGUAAACUUUUGGGAAGGGGUGAAAUAAAUUCAUUGACAAAACCUUCCCAGGCUCAUUUUGAUAAAGUUUCCAACUUUUUACAAUCCAAAGGUAUUCAAUCAACUAGAGAUGGUGAUAAUUUAAAGGUAUUAUCAUCAAUUGAAAAAACUCAAGACUUAUUUAAAACUCAAAUCCAUAAAUUUACCCAACCAUCUGGUAGUCAAGAUGACACAAUUUAUAAAAGAGUUGGUGGUUUCCAAGUUCCUCCAGAAAUCUCUGAUUGUGUUGAUUUAGUUGUUGGUUUUUAA